AUGCGCACCAGAGCAGACAUGUUCGUCUAUCGAUUCAUACCAACAACCGUGAAUGCUGUGAAUUACCAUAAUCUCGUUAUCGGUCAUGCUGAUAACGCUUUCUUUAACACCAUUCCGUCGUUUUUAACGGAAGUGUCCAUUUUGAAUUCAAUGCACAUUAGAUGGCUUACUGUACCACAACGGAGCAACAUAUCCACGCUGAACGUUUCCUUCACAGGAUUGCGCCGAAUCGAUAUGGAGAAAAACGAUGUAUUAACUGAAUUUAUCGUAGCGUCUGGUAACAUUGCCGAAAUAUCACCAUCGAUCCGCAACUUGCAAGCAUCCCGAGAAAUUUGUAUAACCAAUUGCUUGAUCGAAUCGCUCGAUCUGGGUACGUUUUGUGAUAUGUCCAAGUUGCAAGUGUUAAAUGUCUAUGGAAACCGCAUUACACAUAUUCAGAACAGUGCUAAAAGCAACUGCAGCCUGUACGAUUCGCUGGAGAUGUUAACUUUGUCACAAAACUUUUUGCAAAGCUUAAACAUGGAGCUCUUUAAUCCAUUUAGAAUUCUGACACUAUUAAACAUAAACGAGAACAACAUUGGAGCUGUCUUUGGUAAAUAUAAAACUGAUACAGAUUUGAGGUUAUUUUUGUCGAAAAAUCGAAUCAAAACGAUCAACGUGUGUGAGUGGAAUGUACCGCUUAUGGUUUGGUUAGAUUUAAGACACAACAGCUUAACCGCCGUACCGAACUGUUUGGAAAAGCUUAAUGGUGUAAGAGAUCUUGAUUUAUCCUUCAACCAGCUUCGGAACGUUACCGUCGAGAGCUUUGCCAAGAUGGAUAGCUUACUACGUUUAAUCAUGUCCAGCAACAAUAUGACUACGAUCAGUUUCAACACCACUCGAUAUCCGGUCAAUUUGAAAACAGUGUGGAUAACAGAGAACAAGCUUACCGAGCUGGAUUUGUCGCUGGUAGCGGUGCCAUCGUUGGAAAUAUAUGUGGAUAAUAACUUUAUAGAAAAUGUAGACGUUAGCAAUGUAUCUAAAAAUGUCACAUUGCUGCAGAUGAAAAAUAAUCCAAUCGAUUGUUCAUGGAACACUGUCGAGGAGCGACUGAACCUUACUUGUAUUGAAAAUAGGAUUGUAUAA